AUGAGCGCAACUUCCACCCGCCGCCGCUUCCUAUUCUCGCUUCAGUGGAAAGGCAAACGCCGGGAGGCUGCUUUCAGAGCCACCCCCGGGAUGGGCUCUCUGGCGGCCCUGCAGACGGUGCUGGUGCUGGGCCUGGUGACCGGGCUGGCAGGCUGCGUCCCCGGGCUGAACGGCACGGCGGACCGCUGGGAGGCUCUGUACUCCCGCUCCCUGGCGCGGAUCCCGGGCGAGAAGCGGGUGGAUGUCAGCCGGGACGGAGACUAUCUGCUGGGCAUUAAAAGGCUGCGGAGACUUUAUUGCAACGUUGGGAUCGGCUUUCAUAUCCAGGUGUUACCGGACGGUAGAAUAACGGGUGUACACAGCGAAAACCGCCACAGUGUCCUGCAGAUCUCCCCGGUGGAGCGGGGGGUGGUGACCCUGCUGGGGGUCCGUAGCAGAUUCUUUGUGGCCAUGAACCGGCGGGGGAAGCUGUACGGAUCUUUACACUACAACAACGAGUGUAAGUUCAGAGAGAAGCUCCUCGCCAACAACUACAACGCCUACGAGUCCAUUGCCUACCCGAGGAUGUUCAUCGGACUGAGUAAGAACGGCAAAACAAAAAGAGGAAACCGAGUGUCACCCGCCAUGACCGUGACACAUUUCUUGCCAAGAAUCUAG